ACCAUGGCCACAGCCCGAGUCAUCCCCCAGCCCUGGGGAAGUUGAGCUCCAGGGACCAAGAUCAACAGCCUGGGGUGGGGUGGGGGGACCCCAUGUAGUGAACCCCUAUGGGGGUCAUGAAGUGGUUUUGGAACACCCGGCCAGCCCAGCCACACCGGGGCCCCCAGAAGUGGGUCCCUGUUCUGGGCAAGCUUCAGCAGACCCUCCAGAAGGGCGAGUACCUGCCCCUGCGUCCAAUGCCCAUGUUCGAGAGUAACUUUGUGCAGGUAACAGCCGUGGGGAGCCCUGUGUUCCUGCAUCAGCGAGCUAACCGGCUGACCCUGGGUGUGGCCGCCUCUCUGCCUGGCCUGGUGCUUCCAGACAUCCUGCUCAUCGCUCGCCCCCAGGCCAGGGACGGCUCCCACCUGCAGCUGACCAGGAUGAUCCCCCUGGACUUCGUGCACCUCUAUGUCCACAACUCGUCUGCCCGGCGCCUGAAGUUGCGGCUGAUCACUGGCCGCUGCUACUACCUGGCUCUGGAGGCUCCGGACCUUGAAGUAGGCUUCCUAUUCGACUGCUGGGUGCGCCUGGCCCACAUGCUCCAGGAGCCCACGACUGCCAGGACCUCCCGGCCCCUGCACCCAUCUGGUCAAGGUUCCUUGGCCAAGGUGCCCGCCUCCACUUGGCACCUGCAGGACUUGGCCCACCGCAGCUGCACAGCCGCCCUGACGAAGCCCACCUUUCCUUCUAUGAUGCCGGCUGGAAGGAAGCAGAAGGCAGCCAAACGCAGGUUCAAGUCCCGGGCUGUUGGCGACUCCAUACCUCUCAUCUUGUCACAGCAGAAGCAUGAUGCCCUGGGAGUGAAAUCCACAGAAAAGAGGUCCACUCCCGGUACCAACCCUGACAGAUAUGCCAUCCAAACCCACAGUCCUGGCACAGCCAGCAUCACCAUUCGCACCAUCUUCAGCGUGGUCUCCAGGACGGUCCUGCAGCACCAGGACUGCCCACCUGAUUCUGAAGAGGCUCCGGGCCUGGAGGCUCAGAUCGAAAGCCCUUCCCACUGUGUCUCUGGGGACAACUGUGCCUACCCACCUAAGGGGUCCGGCAACUCUGUGGAGCUGCUCCUGAGGCAGCAGGACAUUGAGGACUUCCUGGACACAGAAGCCAGCACCCUGUCCCCUUCCUUCUUGGACACAACUCCGCACUCUCCUGCCAUGUACCUCUGUCCAUCCUGUCCCUCUUUCCCCAACCCCCAGGACAAGGCCAGGUGUGGGAACCCACAGCUGGGCCAGCGGACACCUCCCUCCCAGAAAGCCUGGUCUGGAGGUCGCCUGCAGUGGGGGGCACCAGUCAUCAUGGGGCAGUCACAGAAGGUGCUAGCUAUUCUGGCCCCAUCCCAGAAGACCUCAGCUGUCUCUGCCACCCCCUGCCCAUCCCAGAAGGCCCCAGUUGUCUUCUUUCCACCUCACAGGCUACCAUCUCAGGCUUGGACAGCUCCACCUACAUGCAUGGGUCCCCAGAAGGCUGAGUGUCCUUCUGCCCCAGAGAAGGAGCCUCUGCUCCUGCCAACCCCGUCCCAGCAGAUGCCUGCCCAGCCCCCCUGUCCCCAGGCAGCCGUCAGCCCUCCUGUCUCCUGGGGGAAGCCCCUAGCCCAGCUCCCCAUGGCACUGGCAGGACCUCCUCAAGCAGAUGUAACCAGGAAAAGCAAGUCUGAGGGGACAGUGGUGCCUGGGGUGUUGGUGGGCACCCAGGAGAGGAAUGUGAUAGAGAGGAACACCCCGGAGGUGUCCCUGGACCUGCCCUUCACUACUAUCACCAAGGAGUCUAAGGGGGUGCUACUCAGCCAAACCCAGGUGGUCACUGUGGCAGGGCAGCAGGGCCAGGCAAAGUUGGAGGACGUGGCCCACAGGAGGCGGGAGGAGGUGUCACUGGACCUGCCCCUUGUGAGGUCCAAGGAGGUGGAGCAGAGAUGGGUGAGGACCCAGCAGGAGGCCGUGGAGGCACUGGGCAGGGAGCUCAGCAGGGCCUUCUCUGUGGAGGGGCUCAUGAUGGCCAAGCCAAUGAUCAUGGCCAACUCUAGGGAGUGGUGCCCAGGGCCAUCUGGGGCAUCCAGGCCCUCUGGGCUCUCAGCGACUUCCCAGGCAGCAGCCGUGUUAGCGGACAGCCAGGCCCCAUUGCCCCUGAGCCCCAGCUGGCUGUUCUUACUGGAGGGGACAGGAGUGGUGGUCAGGGGGCCACAAGAGUACGACUCCUGGGUGAAGGAGAAAAUGCAGUGGGGCUCCGAGCAACCUGCCCAGGGGCCACUGUGCUCUGGGCCUGGCUCCAUCAGUCCAGUGGUGUCCCCAGGCCCUGUGGUUUCCAUCCCCCUGCCUGCCUCAUGUUGGGAGGACUUGCCACAACCUCCCCCGCCACCACCAGCCUCCAGCUUGAGGGCCAAAGUCCUGGGAAGUGCGCCCCAGCCUCGGCCCCCGAGUGUGCCCAGGAAGCACCCUCCAGCCACCACGGAGUCAUCCUCAAAAGGCAUCCUGCAGGUGCCCCUGGAAGUCCAGAGUGUGAGGGACGCAGCCACCUCGGCACAGAUUACAAAGGGGAACCUGGGAUUCCAUCACCUUCCUGUGGCCAGGUGUGUGGCGCCCAUCCACUGUCAGCUAUGUUAGGCAUCUGAGGGUGGAGAGGGUCAGUAUCUCACCUGGUCCAUUCCCUCCACCUCUGUCCUGUAACCUGACUGACUUCUGGACAGGUGGGUGGUUUCAGUUUGUCUUGCAGUUGGCCGUGUUGUUCCUGACAGUACAGACUCAACAAUGCAGGCUCCAGGGUGGGCAGUACUGCUGGCACCUAGUGGGCAGGGAUACCCGCACAGCACAGGGCAGGUCCCACACCACUAGCAAAGGCCAAGGAGCUGGAGUAUUUGUGUCAAGACCUGAAGGAGAGACCUCAGUGGUGCUGGGUUGAUGGCCCAGUGCAGGGGUCAAUGAGCUGCAGGACUUGGGCAGAGGGGCAGAAUUGGUCAACAGAGCUCGGGGGCUGGGCAAGGGUGGCAGCUGGAGGUGCCAGUGGCAUGGGCAGGUGUGGAGAUGAAAGGAUG